AUGAGCUCGAUCACCAGCUCCUCGAGUACCCUAGAAACGCCAUGCCACAUGGUGCCCGGUCUGCUGUCCGAAGCCUUCGUCGGCAGAGGGCGCGAAAUCGGGUGGCUGCGGGGCAAGCUACAGCCGGAGGAGGAGGAGCACCUAGGCGUAAAGGUGGGAAUACACGGCAUGACGGGCAUUGGGAAGACACAACUGCUGCUCAAGUAUGAAGCAUUAUACCGAAAAAGCUACGUGACACAGCUCUUCCUCUUCGCACCAUCCAAAAAGAGGUUCUUGGACUCGGUCCAGGAGGUCCUGGAGACUCUGGAGCUGCCGCAGCGAGAGAGACCAGACCCAAGGGCCAAGAUACUUGGGCUGCACAACUGGCUGCUGCAGUCACGCAACUGGCUUCUUCUGAUCGACAACAUCGCCCCUGAGUCGGUCGACUUGAUCCUACAGCUUCUAGCCUCGGCAGCCCCAGGGCAUGUCAUCCUCACCUCACAGGUCCGCGGGGCCGUCGAGAGGAUCACCGGAUCGCCCAAACUGUGCCUGUCGCUCCAGGAACCCCCACUUGACGAGGCGGUGGAGAUGUUCCUCAACACCGCAGGCGUCGCCCCGAGCCAGGAGAGCAAGCAAGCCGAGGCCGACAUCGUGCGAGCGCUCGGCCUCCUACCGCACGCAAUCGAACAAGCGGCGUCGUACACCAAAGUCAACGGGCUUACUCCACGAGCCUUUUUAGAAAGAUAUCAAAAAACACCAGAUAGGAUCCUCGACUGGGACGACGACGACGACGAUGACACCUGGAAAUCAUUGCCUAGCGAUGACACACGGCGCCGUGCCAUUUCCCGUCAUUUCAGACUCAUCUUCGGCUCGCUUGAGAAAUCAAACCCCGACGCCCUGGCCGUUCUCAGGUUCUUCUCCCUGCUUGAGGCCGAGUCCAUCCCGCUGUACGAGGAAUGGCGCCGCGCCGAUUGGUCCCCGGGAUUUGCAAAGGAAAAAGCAGAACAACCACAGCAGCUGUCGGACCUGUCCAGAACCCCGACACUGACAACCCCCCGCAAAGGGCCUCCCACCCCUAGCCGCCACCAGAGCGAGCUGCUCCCGGAAAUCUUCUCUGAUCAGGUCCGGCGCGAGCGAGCGAUCGCCAAACUUUGCGACUUGAGCCUGGUGAGGCGGCUUCCUGGUCAGCGACUCCUCUGGAUGCAUGAUCUGACGAAAAAAACAACACGCGCCAUGAUUCCGCCCAACGACAUCAAGAUAUGGGUCGACGGUGUGUUAAACGUUGUGUACCAUAUGAUGCCGGUCGAGGACAGCACCGCCGAGGAGCGUGGGUGGGUCGAUACCUGUCUCCCGUCCGCCAUGGGUCUGGUGCGUCAAGUCGAGGCGCUGGGGUUCGAGACGAGCGAGUAUGCGUGCUUUCUCGCGCUCUGCGCGCACUGUAAUCUACGACACGAUGCCUGGGGGGUUUCGAAGAAGCAAUUUGAGGCCGCACUCCCGGUAUAUGAGAAGUACCUUGGCCUGGAGCAUCGCAGAACGCUCACCCUGAUGCACCAGCACGCCUGGGCGGUGAGAAACGACGGCAAGGCAAGCGCCGCUGAAGCCAUCUUUCGCAAGACGUGGGAGCUGCGAAGUCGAGCCCUCGGCCCCAAUGCGCCUGAGACGCUCGCAGCGCUUAAUGACUUGGCGUCCAUGAUUGAACGAGCCGGGAGGCUCAAGGAGGCCGAGGCCAUGUUUAAAACUCUGUACGAGGGAUACCGGGAUUCUGCGGGGCCGCAAAGCCAAGAGACGCUGGCGGCCGGCCACAACUACGCCGUCUGCUUCCACAACCAGGGCCGCCUCCGCGAGGCGGGUGCCGUGUACCGCUCCGUCCUCGACAUCUCUACCACCAAGGGGCUGGGACUCCACGACGAGGGCACGCUCAAGACCAUGGCUAACUACGCAGCGACACUGGACCAUGACGGCCGCAGCGACGAAGCAAGUGCCAUGUACCACCGGGCGUUGAGCGGAUACAAGGAUGCCCUGGGCUUCGACCACGUCCUCACGUUACGGCUGCGCGUCAACCUGGCGAGUCUUCUCAAGCAGCAGGGCCGCUUCGGCGAAGCCGAGAUCAUGCUCGGCAAGUGCCUUGAGAAGGCGAUACCUCUGUGGGGACCCGAAGGCAUCGAGACAAUGGCUUAUCUGUAUGACAUGGGCGAGGUGUGGCAGGCCAAGGGGGAUCUCCCCAAGGCGCGUGACGUGUUCAAGAAGCUGGCCGAAGAGCUCUCAGGGGAGAUGAUAGGCCAUCCACUCCGACCCCGCUGGGUUGACUCAUGGGCUACUGCGGAGCGGGAGAUGGGCCAUCUCACACUGGCGCUGGAGAAGUCCAGGGAAGCUUAUGACCUCUUCGAGACACUGCUAGGGUGGUACGAUCCAUAUACCCUCGUCGCGGCCAACGACUACGCCGAAGUCCUCCAGGCCGUGGGGCAGUACCCUCAAGCGUGGGGCCUGUACGUCCGGUGUUGUGACUCGUUCGAGACGUUGGUGGGAAAGGACCACCCGCACUACGCCAUGACUCUCAAUAACCUUGGAAGAUGCUGCUGGGCCCUCAACAACAAACAGCAGGCAGAGCAGCAAGCAGAAGCCGAAAGCUUCUUUCUCGAGGCCCGCGAGGUUCUGAAAGCCCGCGUCGGCGCCACCCACUUUUGCACGCUGACGGUCUCUCUCAACCUUGCGCGUGCAAAGUCGGCUGCCGGAGAUGUCCAGGGGGCCAUCGCCCUAGCCCAGGAGACACGCGAUGCACUGGAGGAGACGGUCGGACGGAGCCACCCGCUCGUCUCGGCUGCCCACCUGGUGCUCGGCGUCCUCGUUGCGUCGCGCGGUGACGACCGGGCGUCGCUCUUGGCCGCGGCGGACCAUCUCCACGCCGCUGUGGCCACGGCACGGGACGCGCAAUACAUCACCAGCGCCAACUACUACAUGAGCGUCUCCCUCUUGGUCCUGCUACUUCGACGGACCAAGAGCGAUGUGUCCGCGGUCGCACCGCUGCUGGAGGAACUCCGUGCGCCCGGUGCUGGGGAGCUGUCCCCGUUUGAUAUCCCACAUGUGGGACGAUUCACUGCCGUCCAGCUGGCCGAGCUCGAUCCGCCUGAGUCGUUUAACUUUAGGGCCUACAUCCCGCUUUUUACUGGCGAGACUAUGAAGUUGAGAUGGGGGAGGAAGACGUGCUGGCGAGAGGCGGGCAAAACAACGCUGAACUGCUGA